GCUUGAACACUGUCGAAUUCAUCGAGCCGUGGACAUUAGACGCCAGCAUGACACUCAUGACACCAAACAGCAGACACGAAGACAUGUCAGACCUUUCAACAGAAGAUAUCCUUACAUUAGGGUUUGCGAGACCAACUCAAGGGAGCCCUUUGCACAUUGCGGCAACACACGGCCACAUCAACGUGGCUAAAACGCUGAUCCUCCACGGUUCGGAUGUCAACGCCGCGGAUAAAGCUGGGCUGGCCCCAAUUCACUACGCGACACAAAACAAUCAAGGUCCCAUGGUGACCAUGCUUGCGGAGCACGGAGCUGACGUCGACUUUUUGGACCCGGACGGUUGCACGCCUCUCUACAGAGCGGCGGAAAGUGGGAAUAAAGCCAUGGUCGAGCGUUUACUUCGUCACGGCGCGAAGUUGAACUAGGAAAGUAACAUUAACAGAAACGGAAACCAAAGACUCCGGUAUGGAGUUAGAGUAGCAUGGGAAACGGAGGAGUAUCGUCAAAUUGGGCGGCUAUCUAAGUUUACUGGUGUAGAAUAGGCCUGUUAUCAAACACGUUCACAAAUCAAGGUCAUUCUAUACGUGUAACUCAACCCACUUCUCGUGUGGUU